UGGUGUGUGUAUAAAUGUGGCCAUUGAGAGUGCUAAAUUCAAAACACAUAUCAAACUAAUUCUAUACCAUGAUCAUGAAGAAUCUGAAAGUGAUGAUGUUUAUGUUUGUGGUGAGUGUGGUGUUGCAGGUUGCUUAUGGACAACACCAUAUCCGAUGCAUUCCAAAAGAGAGGGAAGCACUUCUUCUAUUCAAGGCUGCCAUUGUCGAUCGUUAUGCCAUGCUCUCUUCUUGGACCACUCCAGACUGUUGCCGGUGGAAGGGGAUUCGGUGCAGCAAACUCACCGCUCACGUUCUAAGCCUCCACCUUCCUGGACAGUAUCAUGAAGACUUCGGACCUUAUAUGAGUGGAAAGAUCCACAAGUCGUUGAUGGAGUUGCCACAAUUGAUGUAUUUGAAUCUCAGUUCCAAUUCUUUUCGAGGCAGUCACAUCCCACGCUUUAUUGCUUCUCUCAUAAACUUGAGAUACCUUGAUCUGUCUUCAUGUGAUUUUAGCGGACAAAUUCCAACUCAGAUAAGUUCUCUUUCUCAUUUGAAAUACUUAAAUCUUGCAAGAAAUUAUUAUUUGGAGGGUUCAAUCCCUCCUCAACUUGGAAAUCUCUCUCGCUUGCAGUAUCUUGAUCUUCGUGGUAAUUCUUUGGAAGGAUAUAUACCGCUCCAACUUGGAAACCUUUCAAAUUUGCAUAACCUUUAUCUUGGAGGAUACAAUAACGCUCUCAGAAUUGUCUCUGAUAAGUGGCUAUCUAAUCUUAUUUCUUUAACACAUCUUUCCUUCCAAUCCAUAUCUAAUUUUAACACUUCUCCUACCUGGCUUCGAAUGAUUGCAAAGCUACCAAAAUUAAGAGAACUGAGUUUAAUUGGAUGUGGCCUUUCCGAUCAUUUUCUCCUUUCGUUAAACCCUUCCAACUUCAAUUUUUCUACUUCCCUUUCUGUCCUUCGUCUUUCAGAGAACUCCUUCAUACAACCAAUGAUAUUUCAAUGGGUGUCCAACACCACUUCCAACCUUGUUGAGCUUGACCUUCAUGGUAACCUCUUGAAGGUUUCGGGUUCCAUCCCAAAUCGUUUUGGCUCGGCCAUGAUUUCGCUUAAGCACCUUGACCUCUCCUAUAAUGAUUUCAAGAGCGAGAAUAUGAAAUCAAUCAUGAAUAUAUGCACCUUACGUUCUUUAGACAUGUCUGGUAACAAUAUGACUGAAGACCUUUCAUCAAUUCUUCGUACUUUUUCCAGUGGCUGUCUUAGAUACUUGCUACAAGACCUGAAUUUAGCAAACAAUCAAAUCACAGGCUUCAUAUCUGACCUUUCACUAUUCUCGUCUUUAAAAUCAUUGGAUAUUUCUAGCAAUCGAUUGAGUGGGAAAAUACGUGAAGGUACCGGACUGCCAUCUAAGUUGGAACAUUUGUCAAUUGGGUCUAACUCUUUAGAAGGUGGGAUUCCAAAAUCAUUUGGGAACACUUGUCAUUUGAAGUCAUUGGACUUUGCUUACAAUAAGUUGAGUGAAGAUCUGACAAUCAUUUUUAAUCAUUUGUCUGGCUGUUCUAGAUACUCAUUGCGAGAACUAUAUCUUCGUGAAAAUAAAUUCAAUGGCACACUGCCUGAUUUCUCAAUGUUUCCAGAGUUAAAAGUGUUGGAUCUAUCAAGCAAUCAAUUAAAGAAUGGAGUUCCAAAAUCACUUCGCAAUGCUACUAUUUUGCAAAUAUUGAACUUAUCUAAUAACAGUUUGAGUGAAAAGUUUCCAACAAUAAUCCAUCAUUUAUCCCGAUAUGCUAGAGACUCAUUGCAACAUUUAUAUCUAAGCAUGAAUCAAAUUAGUGGAACUCUACCCAACACCCUUGCAAUAUUCCCAUCGUUAAAAAUAUUAAACCUUGGUAGUAACAUGCUAAAUGGGACAAUUUAUGAAGAUUUUCAAUUUCCAAUUGACCUUGAAGAACUUUAUUUGGGGUCAAACUCUUUGAAAGGUGUGAUAACUGACUCUCAUUUUCAUAAUAUGUCGGAGCAUUGGUGCUAUCACAUAACUCAUUGGCUUUGGAAUUUAGUCAAAAUUGGAAUCCCUUUUUUCAAUUGCAUCAUAUUGGAUUGAGACGUUGCAGAUUAGGUCCAUUUUUUCCCAAAUGGUUACAAACUCAAAACGAAUUUAACGUUCUUGACAUUUCAAAUAAUGAAAUAUCAGAUAUUGUUCCAAAAUGGUUUUGGGCUAAGUUAACAUUUCGAGACUGGAUUGAUAUUGAUAUUUCAUAUAACAAUCUGCAUGGUGUUAUUCCAAAUUUGUCGGCAAAGAAUUAUUAUUAUUCCCUUAUUCUUGCAUCAAAUCAAUUUGAAGGUCUUGUUCCAUCAUUCUUACGAGGCUCAAUGUAUCUUGAUCUAUCUAACAAUGAAUUCACAGAUUCUCUUUGGUUUCUAUGUUCUGGCGGUGUGGCUAAAAUUUUAUACCAAUUAGACCUCUCAAAUAAUAAGUUUUCUCGACAAAUUCCAGAUUGUUGGACUAAUUUCAAAUCAUUGACUUAUUUACACAUGAGUCAGAACAAAUUUUCUGGAAAGAUUCCUAUUUCAAUAGGAUCACUCCUUGAACUUCAAGUAUUGUUAUUAAGAAACAAUAACUUAAUAGGUGAGAUCCCAUCCUUCUUGAAGAACUGCUCAAAGUUAGUGAUGCUUGAUAUGACACAAAAUAAAUUAUCAGGAUCUAUCCCAACUUGGAUAGGGUCCGAAAUAUCAGAGUUGCAAUUUUUAAGUUUAAGAAGCAAUUAUUUCAAUGGAAGUUUACCAUUGCAAAUUUGUUAUCUAACAAACAUUAAACUAUUGGAUCUCUCAUCAAACAAGUUAUCUGGAAAAGUUCCUAAAUGCUUCAACAACUUCUCCUCAAUGGCUCAUGAAUAAUUUGAGAGAUUAUCAAGGUCAUCAAUAUUGGGUCAACACCAGUUAUUUGAAAGGUAACAUUUCAUACAAUUUGAAUGCAUUCUUGAUGUGGAAAGGUUCAGAGCAAAUGUUCACAAAUAAGGGAUUGUCACUUUUAAAAAGCAUUGAUCUCUCAAACAAUCAAUUUUCUGGAGUCAUUCCAAAAGAAAUAGAGAAUUUAUUCGAUUUGGUUUCAUUGAAUUUAUCAAAAAACCAUUUGACAGGAGAAAUUCCUUCAAAUAUUGGUGAAUUAACAUCACUUGAAUUUCUUUUAUCACGAAACCAACUUAUUGGUUCUAUUCCUUUGAGUCUUGCUCAAAUUAAUCGACUCACUGUGUUAGAUUUGUCACAUAGUUAUUUAUCUGGAAAAAUUCCGACUGGCACACAAUUACAGAGUUUCAAUACAUCAAAAUAUGAAGGUAAUGUUGAUCUUUGCGGAUCACCAUUAAAAAAAUUGUGUAUUGAUAAAAUGUCAAGACAAGAAUCACAUGUAAAACUUCAAAAGGAUGACAAUUUGAUUUUUAAUUAUGAAUUUUAUGUGAGUAUGAUAAUUGGAUUUAUUAUAAGCUUCUUGGGAGUGUUUAUCUCAAUCUUCAGAACACAUUCGUGAUGGCAUGCAUAUAUUUCAAGUUCUUCAAGUUCUCGAAUAAUUUCGAAGACAACUUUAUGUCAUGGCAGCAACAAAAAUUUUCAUCAAGUCAGGACACAAAUCAUGAAGUUCCUAUGAGAUCACAACUAAGUAAUCUCCACUUCUAACCAAUCGGUUCUUAGUAUAGAGAAAGUAAGUUUCUACCUUUUUUUUUCUUUUGUUCUCUGUUUAUGGUCAUGCUUAGGAAACCCUGAUGAAUGUAUCAUUAGUGUUCAUUUCUUGGUUCUUUGUCAAUCUGUGGUUCUAAGGACUCUUUCCUAUCACAAUUUGUUGAUUCGUAGGUGUUUCUAAAAAUUCCUUGUGUUUCAAGCAAUCUGUGAGGUGUUCUUAGAGCUUGAUAACUGUCUUGUAAGUUUAACGGUUGUAUGUGUAUUAAUUUGAUUGAGUAAUCAUUUCAGUAUUUAUGUUAUGUUGGUUUAAUUGAAUGUGUAUGUGUUGGUAGUGGAUGAUCUAAUUUCUGAUGUGAUGAACUUUAAAUAUCAAUGUUGUCAUGAAUUGUGUAAUAUCAAGUUGUAUUGGUGUUUAAAAAAUCAGUAUUAACUUUUUAGAGUGGUGAUUGAUUAAAUCUUUCAGUUUUUAGGUCUAAAAAGGGGGUUUUAAUAGGUGAGUUAAUGAAAUAGGCAUUUGUGUAAGAAAACAACUAUUUCAGGUUUGUUAUGGAGACAUUUGAGACUCGCUAGAAGUGGGAAUGGAUUGAAAUUUGAUCUAGAACUAAGGGUAGUCAAUUGGUGGUGUUUUGAUUUGUUUAAAGUACAAAAUUAGAGGUUUGGAGUAGCGAGAUUGUGAAAUAGAAGGUAUGUGAUGAAGGGGGGAGUUUGUGGUCUGUAGUUGAGUUUAGGACUUGUCUAGUCCUUUAGUGUGCUGAUUCCGUAUAGGAAGUGGUAAAAGUGAGUUCAGGUAGUCUAAAAUGGCUAAUUGGGGUUUGGAGUGGUCAAUUUGAGUUAGAGGUGUGCUUUCAGAGGUAUCUUAGUGCCUAAGCGGUUGUAAGAAUCAUUCAAACUUGUAUAGAGGGUAACCAAAGUCAAAAUAGAAGUAUUUUAGAACCUGGUGCAACGUUGGGUGUCUCCAAAGUUCCACCUGAGCACCCUGUUGUCGAAAGGGUCAUGCCCAAGCGCCCUUGGAUGCCCCCCUAAGCGCCUUUUUUGCGAGAAGAACUCGCUUGAGUGUCCUCGAGUGCCCCAUGGAACCCCUUUCCAGAGAGUUGGCGCUUGGGCACCUCUUUUAGGAGGUUGAGCGCCCCCAUAGCUAGUUUUUGUUUUUUGUUUUUUUUUGUCUUGUGUUUUUUGAUGCACUGUUUUGGUUUCUUUGAUGUAUGUGGGCUGGUUUAUUUUGAGUUCUAUGGUGAUAUAAGAAGUGGUAUGUUUAAUUGUAUAAUGCAAUGAAAGUCAUGGAAAUGAGUUCCAAGGAGGAACCAAUUAUUGAAUGUUUCAAGUGUUGUAAGUAUACAUUUAGGAAGCUCAGUCUUGGGGUUCAUUCUAACAAUCUAAUGAUCAUUCAUUCUCAAUUAGAGAGAAGUGGUACAUGUGGUGAGAGUAAUAGGAGGUCUUAGUCUAGGUGCUUCUAGUAUGGCCUACGACGUGGUAGCCUUGUGAGUGGGAUAAGGUGAAACCCAUUGGCAAUGGCUCUGCAAAGCAGUAGAGGCCACCACAAGUGCAAGAACCGUCAUAACUCGACAUUCAUGCUAUAUUUGGAUGGUCAAGUCUUUGUUCGUUGCAUAAUUAAGAUAAAUGUUCAUAUUGUGUGAAGUGUAAAACAUGAUGUAAUUUUCUUUUCAUAUGAUAAACUAUUUUACCACUAGCUUACCCUUACUUUUGUGUUGUCUAUCUGUGUGUUGUUUUCUCUUUUGCAAUAAUCACCUUAACUGGUGUGAGCUUAGGAAGGGGACAUCUUUUUACUUGAUUCAGCGUUCGAUUGAGAGAGAAGCAACAAGAUAGAUAAAUUUUGUUCUUCAAGGGAAAAAUAUCCUACUCUAGUAGCCUUAAGUUCCUUGAGCGUCCUAGAAUUCUUGAAGAAUCAAGAUCACUCAUUUGGAAGGAAAUCCAUAAAGAUUCUUGCAAGAACAUUGUGCAUACACAUUACUGAUCAAAUAUGCACAUAUGGUGUAUUCUAUCUGGAUCAGUAUUCAUCUACAAUCAAUAAGAUUGUGUUUCACUGUUGAGCCAAGAAGAGGACCUUGUGUAUUCUAGUUCUUAGAGUUUGGAUUGCUCUAAGGUGACAAAGAGUGGGGAUAACUUUUUGGGUUGAGACUGUGAGGUGUUCAUGUCUUGUUUGCUAUAACAGAUAUUGAGUUUGGGUGAAGAGAGUGCAUUGAGAGGGAAGUCUUUGUAUUCUUGAUUGUAUACACUCUAUCAUUAUAGUGGUUACCUUAAACUCAAGUUGAUUGAAGGAAGACUGGAUGUAGGC